AUGGCGAAGAAAGAAAAGAAGGAGAAGAAGAAUAAGACGAUUAACGAUCCCCUCGCCGGACUCAAACUAGUUCUUCGCUAUGUCUUUUACGGAAUCGGUUGCUAUGCUACAUUCAUGGCCAUCUACUUCUUUGGGCCAACGAUUCAACAAAAGAUCAAGGACGCCAUGAGCGAUGUUCUCGUCCUCGGCGAAUCCAACUUCGAUGCGGCUCUUGCUCGCAACGAGGAGAUAAUGGUUGAGUUCUACGCUCCCUGGUGCCCGCAUUGUAAGCGACUUGCGCCCGAAUACGACACAGCCGCUGCUCAGCUCAAAUCUCAUAACAUCCAAAUUGGAAAGGUCGACUGCACUCAGCACAAUGCUCUUUGCAAGAAGUAUGAUAUUAGUGGUUAUCCCACUAUGAAGAUUUUCGUGAAGGGCGAAGACGAACCCAAGAGUUACGACGGCGCACUCACCGCUGAUGCCAUCGUUUCAAAGAUGCUCCACGAGGUUAUGUCCGAACCUAUUCCAGAAACUCAAGGCGAUAACAAAAAAAUUGUCGCGAAAAACUUUAACGAUCUCGUCAUCAACUCUUCCGCCGAUGUUUUCGUCAAAUUCUAUGCACCUUGGUGCGGCCAUUGCAAAGCCAUGGCUCCAGCAUGGGAAGAAUUUGCUACUGCUCACAAGGAUGACGAUUCCAUCAUUAUUGGCGACUUUGAUGCCACUGCUAAUGAACUAGGCAAGUCGAUCUAA